CCGAAGCCCAAAACCCUCUCUUUCUCUCCCCCUCUUCUCCAUUUUCCUUCCCACAGGAGAAAACGACCGCCAUAAACAAAAUUCUUAGUUAUGCCCUUUUUGGGCCUUCGAAAUAUCACUUCAACUGAAAGAUCAGGAUUUCAGGAGAUAGAGAGAUGGGUAGUGGAAGAUUAGAUUAGGUAAAGGGGGAAAACCGUAAAAGAAAGCACAGAACCCAGCUGAUGGGGAAGACCAAGGUGAAAUUCUCCUUGUGAUUUGAGCUGGUGGAAGAGAGAGUGAAAGUUGGAAUCUUUUCUUUUAUCUACUCGUAUGGAAUGCCAUCACCACCUUACCACAAUCAGCAGCAGACGAGGAGAAGGAAUAAAGUGGGGGAGAAGAAGAAUUGCAGCAGCUGUUUUGGGUUCUGGGUUUGUGCUCAAAAGAUCUUUCUCCUCAACAGUUGAAACUUAGGAUCAGUUGUUUUUGUUUUCUGUUGAAUCCCAGUAUCGUGGCAAUGAGAAGUCAGCAGCAUAAAGUUGGGGUUUUUCUGUUCCUGCUCUUCUUCGGUCCAAUGGCAUCACUAGCAGACCCAGCAUUCGUCGGAACUUACGGAAUAAACUAUGGAAGAAUCGCUGACAACAUUCCAUCUCCCGACCAAGUGGUCACCCUUCUCCGGUCAGCAAAGAUACGUAAUGUUCGUAUCUUUGAUGCUGACCACAGCGUGCUCACCGCAUUCAGUGGAGCAGGGUUCAAGCUCGUGAUCGGGCUUCCCAACGGGUUUCUCAAAGACAUGAGCAGCAAUGCAAGCAACGCUAUGAGCUGGGUCAAAGACAACGUCCAGCAAUUCAUGCCAGGGAUAUGUGGCGUGGCAAUAGGAAAUGAAGUUUUAGGAGGAAGCGAUGUCGAGCUCUAUGGUGCUCUUUUAGGUGCAGCGAAGAACAUCCACAGCGCUCUAAGUCAGCUCGGCCUGUCCGAUGCAGUUCAGGUGUCCACAGCUCACUCGCAGAACGUCUUCUCCAACUCCUACCCACCAUCAUCGUGCGUAUUCCGCGAGAACGUCGCUCAGUACAUGAAGCCUUUGUUACAAUUCUUCUGGGAAGCAGGGUCCCCAUUCUGCUUGAACGCAUACCCAUUCCUCGACUACAUGAACGAUCCGGCAAGCAUCGACAUUAACUAUGCACUUUUCCAGAAGACGAAAGGGAUCUUCGAUCCGAAGACUGAGCUGCACUAUGAUAACAUGCUUGAUGCCCAGAUAGAUGCUGCGUAUGCAGCUCUGGAAGAUGCAGGGUUCGACAAGAUGGAAGUUAUAGUGACGGAGACAGGGUGGGCUUCUAAGGGUGACGGAAAUGAAGCUGCUGCCACGCCAGAGAACGCAAGGACUUACAACUUCAACCUGCGUAAGAGGCUGGCAAAGAAGAAAGGCACUCCAAGGAGGCCGAAGAACGUGGUGAAGGCUUAUGUUUUUGCUACCUUUAACGAGAAUCUGAAGCCUGGUCCGACUUCUGAGAGGAAUUUCGGGCUCUUCAAGCCGGAUGGGAGCAUUGCCUAUGAUGUUGGGUACAAAGGGCUUAAAUCUUCUUCUGCUGAUUCAAUAGUUCUUUCAUUGAAGGGUUUUCCAGCUCGAGGUUUGUUGAGGUCGUAUCAGUUGGUUUGGACAAUCUGUGCCCUGGUAUUGCUUCUGUUGUUAAGACAAUGAUGUUCAGGAAACAAUUCAUCUUUGUAAAUCAGGCACUCGGGGACCAACAAGGGAAGAGAGUUCAGAUAGGUAUACAGAUGCAAUACGAAUUCAUGUCAAACUUCAACAGUGAAUUCCAUAACGAUUCAGGACAGUUGACCUGGGAAUUUGUUUGAUGGAUGUCUCUGGUAUUUGUUGUGCCUAACUUAAUGUGAUAAGAGGCUCCAUUCUGUAUGAUAUAAGAACGCAAGGAAGCCUAUUUAUUUGACUUCAUAUGCAGAAGGAUUGACAGUCCAAUCUUUUUCAGAGAGGUUAUUAGUAUUUUGUGCUAUUUGUUUUUAUGGCGAUAAUCUCAGGAUGCCCCGGUUUCUUGCAUUGAUUUCCAGGAGUCCCUGAUGGCAUCCAUGAAAUAGUCCUGUUCCUGCCUUGGAUUGUUGGAUGUUUUUAGUCUUUCUAUUCUGACCAGAUCAGAGAAGAUCCAAUAUCCUGGUUCUUCUUCUUCUCGUUAGGUCACUU